AUGGUUUCUCUCUUUCUCCAGCUUUUUGAGGAGCAGGACCUCUUCACGCUGUCCCUCCUGGGGUUUCUUCUCGUCUCCACGACCUUGUUCCUUGUCAAACGAAGUAUGGAGCUGAAGAAGCCUGUCCCCAACUUGCCCUCGCCUCCAGAUAGUCAUUGGUUGUUGGGGCAUGCCUUGACUUUGAUAUCGCCUCCUUUCUUUGACAACAUGGCCAAGCUUGCCGUGAACUCCGCCAAUGAGCAUGGUCAAGUUGGAUUCUGGAUGGUGAAUCGACCUUUUAUUGGUAUUACUCAUUGGGAAGACGCCAGAGAAGUGGAACGCAAUGAAGUGGUUCGUGACUUCCCCUUUGUGUUUGAACGAUUGCUAAGCCGUUUUGUGGGCAAAAAGAGUUUUGUACUCCUCAAUGGACCCGAAUGGAAACUCUACCGAGCCGCCGUUUCCAAAUCCUUGGGACCUUCGUUUAUGUUAAAGACGAGAUCGAUUGCGGCUCGACUCACACAAGAAUGGAUCCAACAACAAGCAUACGACGAGAACGGCGCCAUUGUCUUGGAUGUCUUUGCUAUGCUCAAGGCACACUUGGUUGAUGUAUUUGGUCAAGCUGGAUUUGACAGGAAGUUUGAAGCACCCGCCAGGAUUGCCGAGACUUAUGACAAUUUGACCGCUGAUUUUACUUCGAGGUUGCUAGAUCCCUUCAAUCCGUGCGCCAUGUUUUAUCAAAUUCCCACGACCCGCAACACAAAGCACCGUCAAGAUAAGCAAUGGCUCACAAACUUUUUGGACAGUGCAGCCAAGCAACGCCUGCAGGAAAUGGCAGCAAACAACGACGAAGGUCAAAAGUUUGACGAUCCUUUCUCUCGAGUCCUCAAAGCCUACUUGCAGCACAAAAAGACCAACACGGAAAUGACCGAAGCAGAACACGACAAAUCCCUCAAUGAUAUCCUCACGAGUUUGUUGCUCGCGGGGCAUGAUGCUACCAGCAUUGUUGUCACCUACUCCUUGUACCUGCUGGCCAAGCAUCCUCAGUAUCAGCAAUUGUGCUUCGAAGAGAUUCAGCAGCAGCAGCAGCAAGAAGAUAAUGACCAUUGCUUGGAUCCAUCUCAAUUGCAUUACUGCCGCGCUGUGGUGUCAGAGGCCAUGCGACUCUACAGUCCUGACCCCGUGGCCACACGACAGUUGCAAAAAGACCACACCCUCAAGGGUGGCAUUGUUGCUCCCAAGGGAACCACAGUCAUGGUCAAUGUCUGCAUGAUGCAUCGCAACCCCGAGUUUUGGCCACAACCCGCCGAGUUUCGUCCUGAUCGUUGGGUUUGCCGUUCCAAUGACAAGGAAGCCUGGGUGCCUCGGGACGAAAACAACAACAAAGAUGACAACAACAGCACGAUUGCCAAGGCGAAUCGCAACGCCUUUCAUCCAUUCUCGGUAGGACCUCGCAACUGUCCCGGAGACAAGUUGGGAAUGGAUCUUACGACCAUUGUCUUGGCUACAUUGAUCAAGGAACUAGAGGUGUCCCUGCUCCCCAAUCAACCCGAGGUGGAGCCGGCGUUUUACGGGGUCGUUCAGAAGCCUCGCCGUGGAGUCACUUUGAAGCUGUCCAAACGGGGUUGAUCUUGCAAACGCAACGAAACUGAAUUGAAGCUGGGUGAUGGCCCAGUGGCGGCAAACGAGUGACUCAGUCAAGUUGCUCAUCACAAGCGUCAAUUCAGAGAGUCAGCUGUUGGCGAUGCCUGUUUGUAGGCCAGUCUGCCUGCGUGGCAUUCAAUAGUUAUAUGUCUAAUCUAAUAUAUUCCAAUUGCUUUUCCUCGACGGUCUUAC